CGCUCUCCUGAAAGGCCUGCGCCGAGCGUCUCCCCGAGAGCUGUCAUGGCCCUUCCCCACGUGCAGCCGCCCAGCUUCCUCCUGGCCAGCCUGAAGGCGGACUGUGUGAGCAAGCCCUUCGCCCAGCGGUGCCACGACCUGGUGAAGGUCAUCGAGGACUUCCCGGCCAAGGAGCUGCACUACAUCUUCCCAUGGCUCGUGGAGAACAUCUUCGGCAGCUUGGACGGCGUCCUGGUCGGCUGGAACCUGCGGUGUCUGCAGGGGAGGGUGAACCCCAUCGAGUACAGCAUCGCCCUGGAGUUCCUGGACCCCAACGGGCCCAUGAUGAAGCUGGUGUACAAGCUCCAGGCCGAGGACUACAAGUACGACUUCCCGGUGUCCUACCUUCCCGAGCCCGUGCGGGCCUGCAUCCAGGAGCGCAUCCUCCCCGAGUGCCCGCUCUACCACAACAAGGUCCAGCUGCCCGCGGCGGGCGCCCAGGGCCUGCACUUGGCGCUCAAUCCGUUUGAAUACUACAUGUUCUUCUUCGCCCUGAGCCUGAUCACGCAGAGGAACUUCCCUCUGUCGGUUCACGUCCGAACCUCCGACUGUGCCUAUUUCCUCCUGGUGGAUCGCUACCUGGCCUGGUUCCUGCCCACGGAAGGAAACGUCGUCCCUCCGCCCUCGACCACCCUGGGAUGCACCAUCCCCUCCCCCACCCCCAGGACGCCCGCGGUGCCUUUCACUUCCUACGGCCUGCACCACACGAGCUUGCUGAAGCGGCACAUCUCCCAUCAGCCCUCGGUGAACGCAGACCCGGCCUCGCAGGAGAUCUGGAGAUCGGAGACUCUGCUCCAGGUCUUCGUGGAGAUGUGGCUUCACCAUUACUCUCUGGAGAUGUAUCAGAAAAUGCAGUCCCCGCAUGCCAAGCUGGAGGUGCUCCACUACCGACUCAGUCUCUCCAGUAGCCUCCACAGUUCUCCUGCCCAAAGCAGCUACCAGGCCCUCCACGCGUACCAAGAGUCCUUCAAGCCCACCGAGGAGCACGUGCUGGUGGUGAGGCUGCUCCUGAAGCACCUGCACGCCUUCUCCAACAGCCUGAAGCCCGAGCAGGUGUCCCCCUCCACGCACUCGCACACCGCCAGCCCCCUGGAGGAGUUCAAGCGGGUGGUCAUCCCUCGCUUUGUCCAGCAGAAGCUCUACAUCUUCCUCCAGCACUGCUUCGGCCACUGGCCCCUGGACGCGUCUUUCCGAGCGGUCCUGGAGAUGUGGCUGAGUUACUUACAGCCGUGGCGAUACGCCCCGGAGAAGCAGUGCCUGCCCGCCGACUCCCAGCCCCGAAGCAUCCCGGAAAAGUGGGCCCCCUUUGUGCAGGAAAACCUGCUGAUGUACACCAAGCUCUUCAUCGGCUUUCUCAACCGCGCCCUCCGGACGGACCUGGUGAGCCCCAAGAACGCGCUCAUGGUGUUCCGGGUCGCCAAGGUCUUCGCCCAGCCCAACCUGGCCGAGAUGAUUCAGAAGGGAGAGCAGCUGUUCCUGGAGCCGGAGCUGGUCAUCCCGCACCGGCAGCACCGGGUCUUCAUGACCCCCACCUUCCAGGGGAACCUGCUCUCCUCCUGGCCCCCCACCAUCACCGACGCCUCCUUCAAGGUGAAGAGCCACGUGUACAGCUUGGAGGGCCAGGACGGCCAGUACAAGCAGAUGUUCGGCCCCGAAGUGCGCACCUUGGUGCUCCGGUUGGCCCAGAUGAUCGCCCGGGCCAAGCAGACGGCAAACUCGCUCUCCGACACCUCGUGCGAGAACUUGGCCAACCGCUCCUUCCUGUCCUGGCUGGGUUUUGGGCACAUGGACACGAACGGCACCUACUGCACCAACGACCUGGACGAGCUGGGCCAGGACAGCAUCAAGAAGACGGACGAGUACCUGGACAAGGCCCUGGAGUACUUGUGCCAGAUAUUCCGACUCAGUGAAGCCCAGCUGAACCAGCUCCUGAUGAACGUGGGAGCGACGCCCGACGAGAACGGAAAGAAGCAGCUUCCCGACUGCGUCAUGAGUGACGAGGGGCUGGUUCUCACCCCCCUCGGCAGAUACCAGAUCAUCAACGGCCUGAGGAAGUUUGACAUCGAGUACCAAGGGGACCUAGAACUGCAGCCCAUCCGCAGCUACGAGAUGGCCCCUCUGGUGCGCCUGCUGUUCCGGCUCUCGUCCGCCAUUAAUCGCCGGUUCGCAGGCCAGAUGCAAGCCCUGUGCUCGCGGGAGGACUUCCUCGGGGCCUUGUGUCGCUUCCACCUCAUCGACUCGCUCCAGGCCGACAGGAGCCGGCUGAGCCCCGCGGCGCCGCACCGGGCCGGCCGCAGCUACGGCCCGCGGGUCAGCCUGCGCUUCCUGGCCAGCUACCGGACGCUGGUGUCCCUGCUGACGAUCUUCUUCGUCGCCAACUCCUUCUGCAUCGGGCCGCUGACCUGCUCGCUGCUCAUCGUGAUCGCGUACCUCCUGUACGCCUUCAUGAUGACGGUGGUCACCCAGAGGCUGAAGCCCCACCAGCACUGACCGGCCCGGCGGCCGGCCCCGGGGCCCGCGGGCACACCUCUCGUAGUGUAUUUUUUUUACUAAUACAGCCGUGCACACUCGCGAAGCCGCUUUGCGUGGGGCAGCUGGAAGGAGGGGUGUAGACACAUCCGCCUCGUGUGGAUGGGCAGAAGCCCCCGGGGACCGAGGGCCGACCGUGGAGCCUGCCUUGUGGCGCUUCGGACGCUUCCCGCAGGGGCGUCCGGCUCGUGUUUCGGGGGCGGCCCCGCGCCGUGAUGGGCAGCGAGGGCCUCAGGGAGCCGGCGUGGCCGCGAGGGAGACGACCGGAUGAAGCCGACCCACGUCUGUGAGGCGACAGCGGGCAGGGCCUGGCUGCUGCCCCUCCUGGACGUCCUCCCGUCCUGCCCUGGCUCUCGGGACGGCCACUCUCCGAGCCCGAGGUUCUGGACGUGCCACGAAUGACGGGGAUGGGGACGGAGAUGCGUCGGGCCGUUUGUCGUCCUCUCAGAUUUUAUCCUGUCGGGUUCACACCCUCGUGACCCAGAAAACCGAGGGGAUGGCCGUGUGCAUCCUCCAGUCUUGUUUGGGACCCGGGGACAGAGGGCAGGGAGGAGGGCCAAAGAGCGAGGGUCGGGGGACAGAAGUUACCCGCUCGAAAUCCACUCCUGGGCAGGAAGCUGUCUGCGAGGGUCUCCCAGAGCCUUCCCUUGCUGGGCCAGACCUGGUCCCACCACAGUGGGCAGCUGUCCACCUUGGCAUGGAUUUCCCCUGCCUGCCAAGACUGGGGGAUGCCUUCUCCCCCUCCCCUCCCCUGCCUUUUCCCUCACCGUGGGGAGCAGUUUUAGCUCAGAGGUCACUGAUCCGUCAUUUUGUGGAUGCGGAUCAGCCUUUUUAGGGAAGGUGCACGAGCCCUUCCCCAGCCUGGUCGCCUCGGUCACAUUCCAGGCGCCCAGAAUGGUUUUUACUUCUUUGAAUGUGCUCCCUCGGGAGAGCCCGUGAGACGGCAGGAUCCGAGCCCGCGGUCGCCGGGGACACAGCGUCUGGCCUUUCCAGCACCUCUAUUUAGAAGCAAUUUCUGGGCCUGGUUGGGAUUCUCGUCUGUCCCUCUGGGUUCCGGCCCGCUUGUGCCACGGGAGCUUUUUCUUGCGCGAGUCCCAUUUCCCCUCUGGCUUUCAUUUUAAAACCAAAGACGUAUUCCACCGGAA